ACGCCAUAGGAUUGGAAUACAGCUACCUCCUGUCAACACAGCUUUCUUCUCAGCGAACAUAUUACGAGGAGAAACUCGAAUCAGUAACACUUCAGUUAUCAAAUUUGACCAAUCAAUUGCAAAAACUGUCAAAUGAAAAGACUGUAGAGAAGAAAGUUGAAAAGUUUGUUGAAAAAUCAGAGAGAUUGGAAAGAGAGUUAAACGAAGAAAAAGAGUUAACUAAAUCUCUACUGUCAAAACAAGAAUAUUUGCAAACUCAGUUGGAAGAUAGGGAUAGUAAGAUAAAAGAUCUUGAAGAGCAAGUACGAGAUUUAAUGUUUUUCUUCUCUGCGCAAGAUAAGAUGGCGGAAAACCCCGAGUUAGCCGGUGGCAACGUUGUGAUCCCAGAAAAUAAUGGAGGGAACACGAGAAAGAAAAAAUGUAAAAAAUGA